AUGGGCGGAGGACCAGGCGACGUACCCGCGGUGGGGAAUUUAAGCUCGCCGAUCCCCGUCGCGUCGCUGUCGUCGCCGUCGCCGAGCAGAGCGCGACCGGCUUUCGCGAUCGCUAGCGAAGCGACGGAGGGAGGCGCUGCGACGACGCCGGCGGCUGAGAAGGUGGCGCGAGUGGAGGUCCCUACAGAGUUCGACGCACGCGGCCUGACGCGCAUGGUGCUCCAGGAGGAGGGCUACCAGCAGUGGGAGUGGCAAGGCAACAAGGUGAACUACGUGGUGGCAGGGGACGUCAGCAGCGACGCCACGCCCGUGCUGCUCAUCCAUGGCUUCGGCGCCUCUGUUUACCACUGGAGCAACAACCCUUACCCUCGCGCUCCCGUCCCCUCCCUUUUCACCUCUUCUUCACCUCUCCCCUCCUCUCCCCCACUUCCCCCCCACCUCCCUCGCACCUCCCCCAGCGUUACCUCCGCUCUCUCCCACCAGGUGCAACACCCCAGCUUGAGCACCACUCAUGAGGCAGGCUGGGUGGCUGGCCCAGGUACAUCAUCCCAGCGCUGGCAGCCUCAGGCCGGCCGGUCUAGGCCAUCGAUCCCAGUGCUGCUGCCUCACCAUUCCCUGGCUGGCCUACUUAUCACACACACCCUCCUCCCCCCCACCAGGUACAACAUCCCAGCGCUAGCAGCCUCGGGAAGACCAGUCUACGCCAUCGACCUCAUCGGCUUCGGGUGGAGCGACCGCGCUCUCAUCCAAUACAGUGCCGCCAUGUGGGCAGACCAGGUCUCCUCUUUCAUCCGCGAUGUGAUUGGCCGCCCCGCCGUGCUCGUGGGAAACAGUGUGGGCGGGUAUGUUACCCUCACCACUGCAGCCAACCACCCAGAUGAAGUAGCCGGUACUGUCCUUGUGAACGCUGCAGGCAAGUUCAGCGAGGCUCCUCCCGGCACGGCCCCGCUCUCCGGAGCAGACGAGUCUCCCAGCGAGCUGAAAGCGCGGAAAGCAGCAGCAGCAAUGCCUGUUGAGAUGCACGCGCACCAGCACGGGAAGGAGGAGCAGGUGCCGUUCACGGUGGUUGUUAAGGAGAAGGUGGGGGAGCUGGUGGAAGGGGUGGUGGCGGUGGUGGGGAAGGUUGCCCGCAGAGUUGUGCUGCAGGUGACGUUUCUGCAGGCGAAGCAGCCGGGGAGGAUCAAGCAGGUGCUGGAGCUGGUAUAUCCCAACGCUUCGAGUGUUGACGAGGAGUUGGUGCGGUCGAUUGUGCUGCCCACGCGCGAUCCCAACGCUGCCGAGGUUUACUAUAGGCUGUCUACUCAGGUGCUGCUGCACCCCUCUGCUCUCUCCCUCAACGACCUCCUUUCAACUCUUCGCUCAUCUGAGAGUCCCAUGCUGCUUCUCUGGGGGGCUCUGGACCCGUGGAUGACUCCUGCUAAGGCGCAGACUAUUGUGGAUAAUUACCCUGCGGCGCAGAGGGUGGACAUUUCUGCGGGGCAUUGCCCGCAUGAUGAGGACCCGGAUGCGUUCAACAGAGCGUUGCUUCAGUGGCUGCAGUCGAAGUUUUGA